AUGCAGCAUCCAGCUCUGAUCCUCGUCAGCCGCUCGGACGACGCAGCCUACCGGGAUCUCAGAAUCAAUAUCAAAGUCAUCGUCGGACUCCUCCUCGACCUCUACGUGCGCCGACAUCCAGUACCUCGCGGAGAGAAGUGCAGUGAUAUACCCAACUUCGACCUCCUGGACCCCUCCAGACUUCCCUCUACAGAGCAGCUCCGUACCCGCCUCCACAGCAGCAUUACCACAGGCCUACAAAGCUGCGGCGUGAAGCACGUGAAGCGCUACAUCUGGCUGCGCAGCAUCGAGAGUAACAGCCCGGUCACUGGUUAA